AUGUGUAAUGAAGAAGUCACUGGAAUUUUGGAUGCUUGUCACUCUUGGGCAUGUGGUGGACAUUUUAGUGCUAAAAAGACUUCUAGGAAGAUUUUGGAAGCAGGGUUCUGCUGGCCAACACUCUUUAAAGAUGCCUACAAUUAUUGCAAAGUGUGUGAUAAGUGCCAGCGUUUUGGUGGAAAUAGUAAAAGACAUGAGAUGCCCCGAGUCCCAAUGCUUUUCUGUGAAAUAUUUGAUGUGUGGGGGAUAGAUUUUAUAGGGCCAUUCCCUCUAUCUUUUGGUUAUCAUUAUAUACUAUUAGCUGUGGAUUAUGUUUCAAGAUGGGUGGAGGCAAUACCAACAAAAAAGGAUGAUGCAGCCACUGUUGCCAAGUUCAUUAAGUCUCAUAUAUUUUCCAGAUUUGGUAUUCCUAGAGCUAUGAUUCUUGAAAAGAUAGUGAGACCAAUAAGGAGGGAUUGGAGUGUUAAAUUAGAAGAAGCUUUAUGGGCAUAUAGGACAGCUUUCAAGACCCCAAUUGGGAUGUCUUCUUAUAGGCUAGUAUAUGGAAAAGCAUGCCACUUACCUGUAGAACUUGAACAUAAAGCUUAUUGGGCUGUAAAAAUCUGCAAUAUGGACAUGGAAGCUACUGUAAUUGAAAGAAAAAUGCAGAUACAAGAGUUACAAGAAAUCAGACUUGAGGCAUAUGAGAAUUCAAGGAUAUUCAAGUUUAAACAAGGGAAGCUCAAUACAAGAUGGGAUGGUCCAUAUACAGUUACCAAAGUGCAUGAUUUUGGUAUGUUGGAACUUCUAGAUGAGCAAAAUGGUCGCACAUUGAAGAAAUCUGGGAAUACAUUGAAACCUAAUUAUUCUUGGGAAGAUUCAGCAUUUGAGGUUGAGAAAUGCUGUAUUAAGGUACCAAAUAUGUAUGGUCAUAAAGAGCUUAGGAAAGAUCUCAACUUCUUCCUAAAAGAAGUCCAAAAGCUAAAUGCUGAAGUAGACCAUUUGAAGUCUAAUCGCAGCUCCAAGUCUAAAAGAGACUUGCAUAGAAGAUUGCAGGAGUUAAAACAAGGCUCCAUGACUGUUGAGGGCUAUCAUAAUGAGAUGGAGUUAGCAAUGAUUAGAGAUGGGAUAAAGGAGACUCCAGAAGCCACUAUGGAUCGCUUUAUACAUGGGCUUAAUCCUAGAUUAGCUUGUGUUGCAGAAAUGUGCAACUUCAUGGAGAUUAAAGAUUUGGUUUCUCUACUUAGUAAGCAUGAGCGAGAACUCAAGAGACAUAAAUAUUCAGAAAGACAAUGCUCCUCUUCAAAGAAGAAUAAUCAAGAGAAAGAUGUCAUCUCCACAUCAAAUUCAAAGGAGAUGGAUUCCAUUAUUUCGAAUAAUUGUGAAAAAGAAGAGAGUUUGAGCAAAGAAACAAGUGCAAUACAUUGA